GCUCCCGUCGGCGGUGUAACGGCACGGCGCUCGGGGCGGAGCGCCCUCUGCCGGGGGGCGGCGCUGCGGGGCGGGGCUGCGGCCAUGGCGGAGCGGCGCAGCGCAGCGGGCGAGGGCCUGAGCCGCUUCUCCGAGUGGGCGGACGCGCACCUCAGCCUCGUGCGGAGUCUCAGUGCCGGCGUGGCGGUGGCCGGGCUGCUGGUGCUGGCCAGGAGCGUGCGCCUGACAACAAAGUUUACAAAUGCUUUGGAUAUACCUGCAGGGUUUAUAGAAAAGAAUGUGAAAUUGCGAGGAAAAGUGCAUUGUGUCACUGAGAAGGGUCUGGAAGUUGAGCACAUUCCCAUCAGCGUUCCUUUCAUUACCUCAAUACAGAGAAAAUGGCAGUCCGAGGGUCUCUUGCUGGUGAGACUGGCUGGCGUGGAGCUGACCCCCGAGGGCACGGUGUGGCUCCAGAGAGAGCUGAAACCCCCACAAGUGAUCUGGUUCCAACUUCUCGGGAGGGAGCACUUGGCACUUGAGUGCCUUGUUUUAGUAAAUAAGGGCCGAUUUUCCAGCGUGUGCUUAAAUGAAGAGGUCCUGAGAGAAGGGCUUGGAAGAGCGGCGAGCAUAGAGGGACUGCAGCACGAUUCUCACCUGUUCUGGGAGCUGCACAAAAGACUUCUCCGAGCAGAGCUGAAAGCCUUGAGGAAAAAUAAGGGGAUAUGGAAAGAAGAAAGCUUCUCUGAAAGGAUCAGAGGUCAUAUAAGCAACAGUAAAUUCAUGUGGACAUUGAAACGUUUUGUGAGCUGGUUGAGAAAGUAAGUUUAAGGAUGGGAAGGGAGGCUGGACUAGAAGCAGGGCAGUUAUCUGUGUUACGUGCUUUGUGUAAAGUGUAAGUUAAUGCUAACAAGUGCCAGAACUCGGGGUUCCUUGUCUUGAACAGAAAACCUGAGAACUACAAAGUGCUGUCUCAUUUAAUCUGUGUGGGACUGAAGUGUAGUGAUAUUAGGCAGGACAAGAAUGGAAGUGGUGUUGAGCUGAGCUGUUCCUCAGAUCCUAAGUGACGCAUCCUGUUCCCCCUGCUGGGUACCCCACAGCUGUGAGCAGCAGUGACGUUUUCCUGAUGGUUCUAGAAAUACCUCCAUCGGAUGGACAUAAACCUUUUGGAAUUGGGAAAAGGGGACCAGAGCACACCAAGGACUUUUGUUUUUCAGAGCGGUGUGAAGUGUACGCCAGGUGUGUGUUUGUAAAUAUUCCCAGAAUAAAGAUCGAAUUUCUUAUGUUCAUUGUGGCUUUUUAUACACCGAACACCUGAGCUUUGUGUGUCGUCUCCCACACUCCUCAUUAUGUGGCUGAAGUACAACGUGCAUUUUUUUCUCUGCGUGUAUUCCUUAGGCAGUGAGGCACCAAAGAGAGCCAUGCGGUCUGAAAAGCUUCAUUAUCUAAGCCCUGCUGACUGGCUGCUCUGCCAUUCUUCCUGUGCUGACUUCGGGGCAGAACCGUGGCUCCUGGAAGCAGCUGUUCCUCAGAUAGGAAUACACGCAGUAGAUGUUUAUCCCUGGCUCCUCGCAAGGUGUGCUUCUUGUCAAGCCAGCAGCAGGGCGUCCAGAAACAACACCAGGAACGCCUGCACGGGGCACCGACAGCCGGCAGCAGCGGCGCGGUGCGCUCAGACACCAAAGCACUCGGUCGUACAGACGCAGCGCUUCUCAGGGCUGGGGGUAGCUGGUCUUUUUUAUCCAUCCUUACCUACAAGGAGUUCUUCCACACGGAGCGCUGACAGUGUGCAUACAGCUGCAAUAAACGCGAGAUAAUUCUGCACAGACUGCGUUUUGUUUUGUGAGUGAACUAUAUUCAUCGCCGAGAUCCUCCUUAAGGCUGAGACCGAGAGCUGUGGAAAGGAACGGCCCUGAGUUCGGACCUCGUUAAUGGUGCGGCCGCGGUGACAACAUGGAUCCGACCAGGUGUUGUUGGUGCUCUUUUCCUUAUCGGCCCGGGCUGAGCUGUGAAAACAAAACCAGAGCAUCUCCUCCCCCUCAACCGCCGAGGAAAGGAAACAGCUGUGGCUGCGCGGGAGCGCUGUGGUUCGCGUGUGAGGAGCAGCGCAAAGGAGCCCAGCUGCGGACGGGGCAGCGCCUGAGGCGCUGCCGUUCCCCGAGGGCGGCGCUCCCCGCGGCAGGU